AUGGCGCUACACUGGGACCAGACGCCGAAGAAGCAGGGUUUAUAUGACCCGUCCUUGGAGUCUGAUGCAUGUGGCGUGGGCGCAGUGAUGGACAUGAACCGGAAGAAGUCCCGGAAGACCUUGACCGAUGCCCGGGACAUGGCCGUGCGCAUGACGCAUCGUGGGGCUAAGCAAGCCCAUGAGGAUGACGGAGAUGGCGUCGGCAUUAUGAUCUCAGUCCCCGACGAGUACUUGCGCAGUUGCUGUGGCUUCACCUUGCCUCCCGAGGGUCAGUAUGGCGUGGGAAACCUCUUCCUGCCACGCCAGGAGGACAAGCGUGAAGAUGCGGUGAAGCUCGUCGAACGGAUGGCCCGGCGCUUGGGCCUCCAGGUCAUCGGUUGGCGAACGCCGCUGCCGGUGAACCCCUUGGUCUUGGGGCCCUAUGCCAAGUCCACCGAACCCUUCGUGGCCCAGGUCUUUGUCGGGAUGGGCGACACUGGGGAGGACUCGGCGGCGGAAAGUGCUGUGAAGAGCAAGGCCAAUGUGCUCCGGCCGGCGGCGGCACUCUCCAGUGGCGAGUACGAUGGACUCUUGGUGCAAAGGUGCAGAGGUCUUCCGUUGGAGACGCGGCUCUUCCUGCUGCGCCGCGCCGUGGCGCUCCGCGCGCGGGAGGUCUUCGUGUGUGGCGGGGAGGUGGCCGAGUUGCUUCGGAGACAGUUCAAGCCGGAUCAGCUCUUUGAGUACUACAUGGAUUUGAAGUCAGAGCAAUGCACUGCGUUCUUGGCCUUGGUGCACUCGCGCUUCUCCACCAAUUCCUUCCCCUCUUGGAACCGAGCGCAUCCCUUCCGUCGGAUCGCGCACAAUGGCGAAAUCAACACCUUGGCGGGGAACCGGAACUCCAUCCGCACGCGUGAAGCACUGAUGACCAACAGCAAGGCCUUCGGUGAUGCACCGCUGGAGGCCUUCUUCCCGGUGGAUGAGGACAUUGGCAGCGACUCUGCAUUGUUGGACAACGUCGUCGAGCUCUUGCUUGCUGCAGGAACCCGAGACUUGGCGGAGGUGAUUAUGAUGGUGAUCCCUGAGGCCUGGCAGAACACGAAUCUGAUGCAGAAGGAGAAGAAGGACUUUUACAAGUACCUCUCCUGCGUGAUGGAGCCUUGGGACGGCCCCGCGCUGGUCUGCUUCACCGAUGGGAUCCAGUUCGGUGCCACGCUGGACCGCAACGGCUUGAGGCCCGGGCGCUUCUACAUCACCAAGGACCAGCGCCUGAUCUUGGCUUCUGAAGUGGGAGUGGUGGAUGUCCCACCGGAGGAGGUGCAGUUCAAGGGCCGCUUGAGACCUGGAAAGAUGUUGCUGGUGGACUUCGCAGAGGGCAGAUUGAUCGAAGACACCGAGCUGAAGAUGCGCUAUGCCACCAAGAAGCCCUAUGGCGACUUCCUGAAGAACAACAGCGUUGAGCUCAAGGAUCGUUUGGGCCCCGAGCCCAAGAGCGAUGCGGCGCUGAUCGAAGAGACCACCAUCAACAAGCGGGUUCUGCCACUGCUGAAGUAUUGUGGAUAUACCUAUGAGAAGAUGGACAUGUUGAUCGCACCGAUGGUGAAGACCGGUGCAGAGCCUUUGGGCUCCAUGGGACAGGACAUGCCCUUGGCGUGCUUGUCGAAGAUGCCGCGUCAGCCCUUCGACUACUUCUCCCAGCUCUUCGCACAGGCGACCAACCCGCCGAUUGACCCCAUCCGUGAGGCCAACGUCAUGUCCCUCAUGUGUCCCAUCGGCCCGGAGCGCAGCCUCCUGGAGCCCUCGCCCGACGCCUGCCGCCGGGUCUUCCUGGACUCGCCCAUCCUGUGCCCUCGGCGCUACAACGCCAUCUUCGGAUUGGAGGCGGAUGGCUUCCCUACGGUGGUGCUAGACAUGACGUAUGGAUUGAACGAGAGCACGUCGAAGGCCCGGCAGGCGGACCGUGCCAUCCGCGGGAACAACUUGUUGAAGGAGCGUUUGGACCAGAUCUGUAAAGAGGCCGAAGCGGCGAUCCUGGGCGAUGGCGCGGCGGUGCUGGUGCUGAGCCACCGAAAGGCGGGGCAGAGCCGCGUGCCGGUGAGCUCCUUGCUUGCCGUGGGUGCCUUGCAUCAGGACCUCAUCGCCAAGAAGCUCCGCGCCAAGGUGGCGCUCAUCGUCGAGGCCGCCGACGCCUAUGAGAUUCAUCACUUCUGCUGCCUUCUGGGCUUCGGCUGUGAUGCCAUCUACCCAUAUCUCUGCUACUUGAGUUUGUUGAGGGUGAGAGGCUGCCAGCUUCCCCUCAACAAGCGCAUUGAGAACUUCCGGAGCGGCUCCGACUCAGGUAUCUUGAAAGUGAUGUCGAAGAUGGGCAUCUCAUGUUUGCAGAGCUACAAGGGGGCUCAGCUGUUCCAAGCAGUUGGACUGGACAAGGAGGUCAUCUCCCGGUGUUUCACCGGCUGCAAGUUCGUGCUCAAUGGUGCUGGCUUCAACAUCUUUUCCCAGGACGCCAUGGAGCUGCACAAGUUGGCCUUCCCAGAACGGCCGGUGCCUGCGCUGGUGGAUGAGGAGGUGGAAGAGCUGGACGACUUCGGCGAGUAUCACUUCCGAUCCAUCCACGAGACAGAGAUCCACAUGAACACUCCUGAUGUGAUCUAUAAGAUGCAAGAGGCUGCAAAGACCAACUCAGCGGAUGCCUACAAGAUGUUCUCCACAUGGCAGAACAAGAUUACGGAGCAGACGGAGAUUCGCGGGCAGUUGGAGUUCCGCGAUGAGGAGUGCAGUCCGGUGCCCCUCAACGAGGUGGAGCCCGCGGUGGAGAUCGUGAAGCGCUUCUGCACCGGCGCCGCCUCCUUCGGCUCCAUCAGCGACGAGGCGCACCGCGCCAUGGCCAUCGCCAUGAACCGCAUUGGAGGAAAGAGCAACACUGGCGAGGGUGGCGAGGACCCCAUGCGCUUCACGCAGUUGGAGGCUGGGCAGUUCAAUGCUGGGGCCGUGCAGUGGGACAUCAAGGGAGGCGACACCUUCCGGUCGAAGAUCAAGCAGGUGGCCUCCGGCCGCUUCGGCGUCACGGCGGAGUACCUGGCGAACGCGGACGAGCUCCAGAUCAAGCUCGCCCAGGGUGCCAAGCCCGGUGAGGGCGGAGAGCUACCUGGGCACAAGGUGAUUGGGAAGAUCGCCGAGACGCGGAAGGCGACCCCGGGCGUGGGCUUGAUCAGCCCACCGCCGCAUCACGACAUGUACUCCAUCGAGGAACCGGAUGGGAUGGGCAGAGACGUGGCGCAGCUGAUCAAGGACCUCAAGAACGCCAACCCCUCCGCGCGGAUCUCGGUGAAGCUGGUCGCACGUAUCGGCAUUGGGGUCAUCGCCUCAGGCCGGGCGCUGGCCGGGCGCUUUUUCGGGCGGAAGUGGCGUGCGCAGCAGAUCGUUCUCGAGGAGGAGCACCGUGUGGUGAAAGGCAAGGCGGAUCACCUCACCAUCAGCGGCAUGUCUGGCGGCACCGGCGCGGCCAAGUGGGGCUCCAUCAAGCACUGCGGUUUGCCUUGGGAGAUCGGCUUGGCUGAGACACACCAGACCUUGGUCUUGAACGGCCUCAGGAACCGCGUGACCUUGCAGACGGACGGGCAAGUGCGCACGGGCCGCGACGUGGUGAUCGCCGCCAUGCUGGGAGCCGAGGAGGGGCGGUCAGGGCGGAGCGGUGCGGUGGAUGCUGAGCACCGGUCAGGGCGGUCAGGGCGGAACCUGAGCAGCAAGCCAGUUGCCAUGGGACAAUGGUCAGCUUUGUGUUGGGUACUGGCUUAUGUGAGUGCAUGUGUCGUUGACCAGAGACGUGACAGAGCGCCCAGCUGGACUGGUGUCCAUGCCGGCGCUGCUUUUGCAGGCGUGCCACAGACGUACAGAGAGGGCGCACUGCGACCGUCACUGGGCCGCCGACCGUCACUUCGAGAGAACCGUGCGACGCGUGCGGAGCUGCGUGCGGAGCUGAAUGCUGCGCCUCCGAAUGCCCCGGCUGCGAAGAAGGCAGGCUGGUCUUGGAACCUUUUUGUGUGGUGGGCCAUCGUGAUAGUGCUCUUUCUGGAGGGAAGCACCGAUCUAGUGCUCUGGUCAGCGCUUUCUGGACUCCUACAAUUGAUGGGGUGGAUGAAGGGCUCAGUGCAAGUGGAACGAGGCAAGAUGGCACAUUUUGCCUUGCGAGGUGCCACUCUCGGCGUCCUGUGGUCAUCUCUCAUUUGUGGACUGGUGUUACCAGGCCUUCUCCUACUCUGGCCCUUGCUGGCAGACUUCUUGGUUUCUACCAGCUCCAUUGGUGCAGUGGAGGAGGCCGGUAAGCUCGUGGCACUCAUUUGGCUUUCUUGGUCUGGCUUCCGGCCCUGGCGGAGGGCGCGGCGCAGGUCCACAGCCAAGCUGUGGCCAGAGAGCCCACGAGGUCUCAUGUUGGCUGGUUUCAGUGUUGGGGUUGGCUUCAUGGUGCACGAGAACUUUGGAUACUUGGGGAACGUCGCUACGGUGACGAGUAUGCCAGGUUGCUGCUUGCUGCAGAACAUUUGCUUCCGGAUUUUCUUGAAUCCGCACCCGUACUUGAGUGGCAUAGUGGCUGGCCGCUUUGCCAAGUUUGCCUCCGAACCGUCCAAAUAUCCUCGCCUGACUCUCAGCAUGCUGUGCACCGUGCUGGGGCCAUCCGUUGUUUUGCAUGGCCUGUUGAACUUGUCUGGGGUUGCAGGACGAGUGGUGUGCAUCAGUCUCAUUUUCGUUCUGUUCAGAAACACCUGGAAGAACUUACCGGAGCCGGAAGAGCAGAGAGCCAUCCCUGCCAAAGAGCAGGUUUUGGCUCGCCAGGAGAUUGCGAUGACCACCGCACCACUGAUCACGCUGGGCUGCAUCAUGAUGCGUAAGUGCCACUUGAACACUUGCCCGGUGGGUGUCGCCACACAGGACCCGGAGCUGCGUGCCAAGUUCACGGGACAGCCGGAGCAUUUGAUCAACUUCCUCUUCAUGGUGGCCGAGGACGGAGUCGCUCGGCACCAGACCCUUUCGCCCGUGCAACGGUCGCCUCGCCUCGCCCGCAACGGCCAUGAUGAGGAAGCGCGCGAGAUCAUGGCCUCCCUGGGCAUCAAGAAGUUCAACGAUCUCAUUGGCCGCACUGACCUCUUAAGGCCCAAGGGCUACUUGAAGGACAACCCCAAGACGGCGGACCUGGAUUUCGCCGAUUUGCUGAAACCCGCUUGGACCAUGGAGUCCAUGAUGGGCAACUCAGCGGACAACCCCAUGUUCUGCUGCGAGCCCCAGGACCACGAGUUGGCGCAUGCUUUGGACCAGAGCCUGGUGAGCCGCUGCUCCAACGCGGUCACCGAAGCCAGGGGCGAGAACCAGGUGCGGCUGAAGUCGGUGCCGAUCAACAACGUGGACCGGUCCGUGGGCGGCAUCUUGAGCUUCGAGGUGAGCAAGAAGUUUGGUGCUGAAGGGCUCCCCGAGGGCUCCUUGCACAUUGGCUUCCUGGGCAGCUCAGGACAAUCCUUCGGCAACUUCUUGGCACCAGGCAUCACCUUUGAGUUGGAAGGCGACGCCAACGACUACAUCGGCAAAGGCCUCAGUGGCGGAACCAUCAUCGUCUACAAGCCCAAGCAGGCAGACUACGACUCCAAGGAGGCGAUCAUCGCCGGCAACGCGGCGCUCUACGGCGCCACCAGCGGCAAGGCCUUCUUCGGCGGCAUCGCCGCGGAGCGCUUCGCCGUGCGCAACUCCGGCGCCACAGCGGUCUGCGAGGGCGUGGGCGACCACGGCUGCGAGUACAUGACGCGAGGUACUGUGGUGGUCCUGGGACAGAUGGGACAGAACUUCGCCGCAGGCAUGAGCGGCGGAGUGGCCUUCGUCCUGGACCUGCAAGAGAAACUCUGCAACGUCGGGGGCGUGCACCUGGAGAAGAUGGAAGAAGAAGAGGACGCGUCUCGCGUCUCGCGUCGCAAGCGAUGUCGCAAGCGACGUGCCCACGCCGGCGUGCGAGACAAGACGCUCUUGAAGAGCCUCGUGAGUGAGCAUGCCAAGCUCACAGGCAGCAAGGUGGCGGAAGAGCUGUUGAAGAAGUGGCCCGAUGCCCUGAAGCGCUUCACAAAGGUCUUCCCGAAGGAGUACAAGAAGGCCUUGCUGGCCAUGAAGGAGAAGGACCACAACUCGCGAGAUUGA